AUGGGCGGCGGUGGCCCGCUUGCGUUCCUGAACAAGAAGACAUGGCACACUGGCAGCCUGCGCGUGAUCGAGGAGGUCUGGAAGCGCGAGCAGGAGAACCAGAAAGAGCAGCAGAGGCUCGAGGAGCUCCGGAAGCAGGUCAAUGAGGAGCGGCAGCUGCAGGAGCUGGAGCGAGCGGCCGAGGCCGCGGGCCACGGAAGAAAAUCAGAGCGCCUGGAUUGGAUGUAUGCUGGUGGGAUUGCUGCCAAGGAGGAUGCAGAACGCAGACAAGAGGAGCAUGCACUUGGAAAGCCAGUUGUGCUGGAGGAGGCAAAAGAGGAAUCCAAGUGCGAGAAGAUCUCUGUUCUUCCUUCCUUCUAUACAGAAGAUACGCCAAAGUCCGCCAAUGAAACUUGGGCAAGGCUGCACAAUGAUCCCCUGUUCAUGAUCAAAAAACACGAACAGGCUGCUGUGCAGAGGGUAAGAAACAAUCCUGCUCGCAUGAUGGCUAUCAAGGACGAGGUUAAGAAACUUAGGAGCAUGAAAGAUAAGAAAAAGCACAAGAAGCACAAGAAGCAUAAGAAAGAGAGCAAAGAGAAGGGGCAUAAAGGGGAGAACGGCAGCAAGAAACGUAGAGCCAGCAGCAGCCCCGAGCCCAGUCCGAAAAGGCACAGGCGAGCAGAGCACCAUGGCGACCAUCCUAAACCUGAAAAGGACCCAAGGUAUGGCUUGGCCGUAAAGAACGAACAUGUGCCAGAGUACAAGACCAGCCAAAGAGCUGCUGAGACCCGGAAGCGAUUGGAAGAGGCGGGGCGGAAAAAGGAAGAGGAGGAGAGAGCGCUGAGGAAUCAAAGGCACCAACGCAGGGAGUACAAAGUGGGGCGGAUAUCAGAGGAGGAAAGGGCCAGAAGGCUGGCGGAGAUGAUGGGCGACGCCGACGAGCACAGGCAGCAGCGGCGGAAGGCGGUGGACAGCGCAAAGAGGCAGGACAGGGCGGAGGACUUGGCGAACGAGGCCGGCAGGAGCAAGUUGAAGCCCCAGGAGUACUCGCAUGCCGCAGCGAAUGGGGUACACGGGAGGUCCCUGGAAGAGAACGUCGCCAGCAGGCGGUAUUACAGCCAGAGGAAGGGGCGUGAGACUGCCGGGUUCCGGAGGUGA